UACGUCGAGCUCCUCCGCAUGGUGAAGAAAGCUGACCUGAAGCUCAACGCGGUGAUGUCGUUCCACGCGUGCGGGGCGAACGUGGGGGACUACUUCCGCGUCACGCUGCCCAAGUGGGUGCUGGAGGCUGCGGAGAAGGACCCGGAUCUGUUCUUCACCGACCAGUACGGCUACCGAAACCCCGAGUGCAUCUCGCUCUGGGCGGACAACGCCAAGACGCUCGACGGCCGAACGCCGCUCGAGUCCUACCGCGACUUCAUGCAGUCGUUCAGGGACGAGAUCGAGGCGAGGGGCUUGAUGGACGUCGUCGAGGAAAUCUCCGUGGGGUGCGGCCCGUGCGGCGAGCUGCGAUACCCCGCGUACCCGGAGAAUAAGAUUUCGCCCAACUCGUCGCAGUGGCAGUUCCCGGGCAUUGGCGAGUUUCAGUGCUACGACCAGAGGGCGUUGGGUAACCUGGCGAGGGCCGGGUCCGAGGCUGGCCACAUCGAGUGGGGCGGCGCCGGUCCCCACGACGCGGGUGGGUACAAUAACCUACCUCACGAGACGGGUUUCUUUCGAGCGCAGCACGGGAGCUGGGACAGCGAGUACGGGCAGUUCUUUUUAUCCUGGUACAGCGGCGAGCUCGUGGAGCACGGCGAUCGCAUGCUCCGGUGCGCGCGGUCGGUGUUUGAGGAGGAGUGCGGGGAUUGCCCGACGAUCGCGAUCAAGUGCGCGGGGGUGCACUGGUGGUACAACUCGCGGUCGCACGCCGCGGAGCUCACCGCCGGGUAUUUCAACACGCGAAGCGGCGAUAACGUCCCGGAACGCGACGGGUACGAACCCAUCGUCAAGAUCUGCGGCAGGCACGGCGCGAGGCUGAACUUCACGUGCACGGAGAUGCGGGACAUCGAGCACCCUUUCUUCAGCCGAUGCGGGCCCGAGGGUUUGUUGCGUCAGAUUCGAGCCGCCGCCGCUCGGUACGGCGUCAAGGUUGCGGGAGAAAACGCGCUGUGUCGCUUCGAUCAGGAUGCGUACGACAAGAUCAUCACCAACUGCCGCGGCGAGGGAAGCGACCGGGAGCUGUGGCGCCAGGGUGCGCUCCUCCCGCCGAUGGCUUCCUUCACGUUUCUGCGACUGUCGAAGGAGCUCUUCGAGGAUGACAACUUCAACUCGUUUGUGCACUUCGUCGCGAGGAUGGCGAACGAGACGCGCGCGCUCGGCGGGAACGACGAGGAUAAGUUCGUCAACGGCAACGAGGUGUUGGAAGCCCUGCUCAACUCUGAGAUUCUGAGCAACCUCGCCGAGGUCAGGGACGAGACCUCCUCGGGCUUCGUCGCCGCGCAAUUUUCCGACCUGUGAUGAGAAACGCCGAGGGCGAAAAAAAAUGGGAAUUGGGUAAUAACGGUUUUGGAUUGUACCAGUAAAGUACGGCGUGGGGUUGGGCGAAGUAAUCGCCUGUCCGGGAAUGCAACGAAUCCCUCCAGCGGUUGGCCAACGGAUGGGCGUUUCGCGUCGAAUGCGAGCCCUCUGGCGACGUCGGAUCGGGACCGGGCGAGCCCCUAGCGUGACUUCAAGUAAAGUCUCUUAUUAGGCCCUGCCAAGGGAUGUAUUAUCGAGCAUACACAUACGC